AUGAGCUCCCGGAAAAGUGGACGAAGGAGAAGAUCAAGCAGUAUCAUCUAUCAGGAACCGCCGGAGUCAUUAGAACAGAUCAGUGAUCAGUUGGCGCUUCCCAAUCUGAACUCACAAUGGGUCAAUGCAAAAGGAGCAUGGACGAUACACCCUGUCCUGAUCAUCGGCCUCAAGAUCCUCUUUGACAUAAUCCCUGGCGUAACGCAAGAAAUAUCUUGGACGCUUACCAACAUCACCUAUAUGGCCGGCUCAUAUCUAAUGUUCCACUGGGUUCGUGGUGUCCCGUUCGAAUUCAACGCCGGCGCAUAUGACAACCUCAACAUGUGGGAACAAAUCGACAAUGGCGACCAGUAUACACCGGCGAAAAAAUUCCUCCUAACGGUCCCUAUCGUCCUCUUCCUGCUCAGCACACACUACACGCACUACGACUUUACGUACUUUACCGUCAAUUUCAUGGCCCUCAUGGCCGUUGUGAUACCCAAGCUCCCCCAACUCCACCGCGUCAGAAUCGGUUUCUUCUCAGAUCCUCCAGAUGAGUAA